AUGGCGUCUGCGUCUCCUGGUUUCAGGUUUUUGGCUCACCGGUUUACGAAGAGUCCUGUUGUCAUGAAGGAUGGUUCAUCCAAACGGUUCCGUUCAGAGGAUUUUGCGACUUCUGGAAGAGAUGAUGGUGGCAUGGAGCAGUUCGAUCAGAUCCCUCCCUUGCCAGAGAUCAAUUUCAAAGAUAAAUUACUAAGCUCUUCUUGUUUUGAAUAUACUGAAGGAAUGGAGAAGGAUGGGUUCUCUAUUGAAGCUAGUGAUUAUGAAGUUAAGGAUUCUCCUUAUGGUCCUUCGAUUCGGUUUUCUGAUCAUGUUAAAAACAAGAUCUAUAGACCGUGGAAAAAUUCUGUGAUUAUCCAGUUUGUAGGGAAGACUCAUACCUAUAAUUUUGUCUUUGCAAGGUUGAAGCAACGUUGGAGGCUUAAGGGUCCUAUGCAAUUGGUUGAUUUAGACAAUGGGUUUUUCAUUGUUCGGUUUGUUCUGGAGGAGGAUAUGUUGUGUAUGUUAACUGGGGGCCCUUGGGUAGUAGCAGGACAGUAUGUGGCUGUUCAAAAAUGGAGGCCUAAUUUUUGUGCAGCUGAGGAGCAUGUCUCCCGUAUUACUGUUUGGGUGAGAUUAUCUGGUAUGGGAGUUGAAUUCUUCAAUUCUGAGACUAUUAAGUGUAUUGGGGAUUUGAUUGGCUCAUCAUAUAAGGUUGAUGUUCAUACUGUUGGUCAGAUGAGAGGUAAGUUUGCAAGGGUCUGUGUUGAAAUUGAUUUGAAUAUGCCUCUCAUCCCUUACCUAGUUGUUGAGGGUAGGCCUAUGAGAGUGGAAUACGAAAAUCUCCCUGUGAUUUGUUUUAAUUGCUGCAGAGUUGGGCACAGUAAAGAGCAUUGUCCUUUUGCUAAACCUAUCCAUAAGAAUAAUGAGCCGGAUAUGGAUAUGACUAGGGAUAUUCAAGAAGAGAUGUGUUCUCAUCAAGUGGAGAAAGGCCCAAUUGAUCCUUCUGGGGAUAAGGCAGGUUUUGGCAUCUGGAAUGUUGUUCCGACUAGAAAAGCUUGGAAGAAGAAUUUUAAAAAUGGGACUACUGCUAGUGAUGAUAAAGGAAAGGGUGUUAGCCCUGAGGUCGUCCACAAGAGACAGGAGAAGACUUUUUAUUCCAGCAAUAAUUUGCCUCAGAAAGAUAAAAAGGAAGUUAUUCAAAAGGGUAUUUCUGAGGCUGGGACUUAUGAUGCUUCUGGUUCUAUAUUUAAUAUCUUGGAGAAUGAGUGUUUUGAUAGUGAGCAAGAGCAUGUUUUUGGAACUUUGGAGAAUCAUCUGUCAAGUAAUGGGAAGACUGUUCAAAGUAAAGAUGAUGGUGGUUGGAAUGCUCCAAUUCUUACUAAUAAGGGCAAGAAAAAGAUUGGUAGGCCAAGGAAGUUGGACCAGGCUUUGAGUAAUCUUAGGAAGCCUAUGACUAGCUUUGAUAAUGGAGGUUUGGAAAUUGGGGAGGUUGAGGCUUGUAGGAAUGAAGCUGCUGAUCAGGAUAUGGAAAUUCAGGAUUUGAGGGAUUAUGUGAGUGUGCAGUUGGAGUCUGAAGUUGGUGAAGCUUUAAUUGCUGAUGUGUCUGCUUGUUGUGCAGAGGAUGGCAAGGCUCAAGAGGGGCAGCCUAGAAUUAGUUCCAGUAAAGCUCGGAAAGUCAUUUCUCAACUUGGCUUCCCUAAGGCUGAAAUUUCUGAUGCUGUUGGCUUCUCUGGUGGUAUUUGGUUGCUAUGGGAUGAUGCUAAAUUCAACUUGAGAGUCAUUCAUUGCAUGGAUCAAGCUGUUUCUCAUGGGCUCAUUGAUUUGGGUUUUUUGGGACCCAAGUUUACUUGGGUUAAUAAGAGAGCUGGUGGUGACUUUGUGAUGAAGAGAUUGGAUAGGGUUAUUUGUAACAAGGAGUGGAGGAUUCCUUCAGCUGAGCUUAAACCUUUUAGAUUUGAGGCUAUGUGGCUUAAACAUUGUUUAUUUCCUGAGUUCAUUCAAGCUGAGUGGAAGAAUUUGGAAGGUUCAGUUUCUAUUAAACUGGAUUUGUUGAUUCCCCUGCUUCGGGAGUGGAAUACCCAAGUCUUUGGUCAAAUUUUUCAAAAGAAAAAGAGAAUUCUUGCUAGGCUUCAAGGCAUCCAAAGGGCUCUUUGUAAGGGUUUUUCCCCUUUUUUGAGCAAUCUUGAGAAGCAACUUCAACAGGAGUUUGAGAAUUUAUUGGAUCAGGAGGAUGUGUUUUGGAAACAAAAAUCUAGAAUAGAGUAUUUUCAUGGGCUUUUUUUGGAUGAUUUUGUUGAUAUCAUUCGUAGUCCUUUGCCUUCCCUUUUCCCUCAUAUUUCUGAGGCUGAUUUGGCUGCUGUCAGUAAUGAGGUCACUGAAAAGGAGGUGCAGGAUGCCCUUCUUGCUAUUGGUCCCUACAAGGCUCCUAGUCCCGAUGGCUACUCUGCUAUUUUCUUCCAUAAUCAUUGGUGUCUUUGUAAGAAGGAUAUUGAAGAUUUGGUGUUUAAAUGUUUUUCUAGUGGUUCUGUUCCAGAGUCCCUGAACAGUACCCUUGUUACUCUAGUUCCUAAAAUCACUAAUCCUCAGAGCAUGCUGCAGUUCCGGCCUAUUAGUCUUUGUAACACUUUAUACAAAGUUGUUUCUAAGAUCAUUGUUGGAAGGCUCAGACCUCUUAUGUGUAAGUUUGUUAGCCCCAAUCAGGUUAGCUUUGUUCCUGGACGACAAAUUUCAGAUAAUAUCUUCAUUGCUCAAGAGGUUUUGCAUAGAUUCCAUAGAGCAAGAGGUAAAACCGGGUAUAUAGCUUGGAAAAUUGACCUCUCUAAGGCGUAUGACAGAUUGAAAUGGUCUUUUAUCGAGCAAACUCUUGCAGAAAUUGGUAUUGGGGAAACUUCUCUUCAUCUCAUUAUGAGCUGUGUUAAGAAUGUCUCUUACAGAAUUAUCUUGAAUGAGGAGCUUACUGAGAGUAUCAAACCUCAAAGAGGUGUUCGACAAGGUGACCCUCUUUCCCCUUACCUCUUUGUCUUAUGUAUGGAAAAGCUUAGUCACAUCAUUGCUGCUAAGGUGUUAAAGAAGGAAUGGAAAGCUGUUAGGGCAGCGAGGUCUGGUCCUUUAAUCUCGCAUCUGUUCUUUGCGGAUGACUUGAUUCUUUUUGGUGAGGCUUCUGCUCAGCAAGCUAUGGUUAUGAAAAAUUCUCUUGAGGAGUUUUGUGAGCUUUCUGGGCAGCAGGUGAAUUUUGAGAAAUCUUUGUUGUACAUAUCUGCCAAUACUAAGUCUGACCUUGUUGAUCAAAUUGAGUUAACUUGUGGUGCCACCAGAUCUGCUGAUAUGGGGAAUUAUUUGGGAGUUCCCCUUGUCCAAGGGAGGGUUACCAAGGCUAUGUAUAAGGGGGUUCUGGUUAAAGUUCAGGCUAAACUUGCUGCUUGGAAAAGUCAGUUGCUUUCUAUGGCUGGAAGAAUCACUUUAAUCCAGUCUGUUGCUUCUUCUAUUCCUCUUUAUACUAUGCAGACGGCUAUGCUUCCUCAAGGCCUUUGUGAAGACCUUGACAAAUCUUCUAAAAGUUUUCUUUGGGGAAGUAGUGAGAACUAUCAUAAAACUCAUUUAGUUAAGUGGGAUACAGUUUGUUUGCCUAAACGUCUAGGAGGUUUGGGUAUUAAAAAGGCUUCUCUUAUGAAUCAAGCUAUGUUAUCUAAAGCUAGUUGGAGAAUUGUGGUUGGGGACUCAGGUCUUUGGGCUGCGAUGCUCAGGAAAAAGUACUUAAGGGGUAGUUUUUGUUUUGAUGCUUAUGAUGAUAAUUGUACUUUGGCUUCCAGCUCUUGGAAAGGAUUAAUAUAUGGAGCUGCCAUUUUAAAUAAAGGUAUGAAAUGGAGAGUGUGA